GCAUCAUCGCGUCUCGCUGGAGAAGGUGAAGUGUCUCGUUUUACCGGCGCACGCCGAGAAAAACAGCCCUUUUUCACCUUUUAUCUGGACGGAGUGACACUUUAUCGAGCGAUAACGGCUGACGGACGACGUUUUCUUCUCAACGUGAGGCGAGAAAACGGGGUUUCUUCCUUCAAUAAGUCGAGCUUUUGUGGUUUAAUCGAGUCCAAACCCGGUGACAGCGAAAAUGGGGUAUGGACGGUCGGACAGCUACCGUGUGGCCACCACACAGGACAAAGAUGAGAAGGAGUCGCCCAAGAAGAAGGGAGGCAAGGAUCUGGAUGACUUGAAGAAGGAGGUUCCUAUAACGGAACACAAAAUGUCUGUUGAGGAAGUUUGCAGGAAAUACAACACUGAUAUCGUGCAGGGUUUGACUAACGCCAAAGCAGCAGAGUACCUGGCCAGGGACGGCCCCAACGCCCUGACUCCCCCUCCCACCACCCCCGAGUGGGUCAAGUUCUGCCGUCAGCUGUUCGGUGGCUUCUCUAUCCUGCUGUGGAUCGGCGCCAUCCUCUGUUUCCUGGCCUACGCCAUACAGGCUGCAACCGAGGAUGAGCCUGCUGGGGACAACUUGUACCUGGGAAUCGUGCUGUCAGCCGUCGUCAUCAUCACCGGCUGCUUCUCCUAUUUCCAGGAAGCUAAAAGCUCUAAGAUCAUGGAAUCCUUCAAGAACAUGGUCCCUCAGCAAGCUUUGGUGAUCCGAGAGGGAGAGAAGAUGCAGAUCAACGCCGAGCAGGUGGUGGCAGGAGACCUGGUGGAGGUGAAGGGAGGAGACAGGAUCCCUGCUGACCUCCGCAUCAUCUCCUCCCAUGGCUGCAAGGUGGACAACUCCUCCCUGACUGGGGAGUCGGAGCCCCAGACCAGGUCACCUGACUGCACCCAUGACAACCCUCUGGAAACCCGCAACAUCGCCUUCUUCUCCACAAACUGUGUUGAGGGAACUGCCCGUGGUAUGGUGGUGUGUACCGGUGAUCGUACAGUGAUGGGCCGCAUUGCCACACUCACCUCAGGCCUGGAGACUGGAAAGACUCCCAUUGCCAAGGAGAUCGAGCACUUCAUCCAGAUCAUCACAGGCGUGGCCGUCUUCCUCGGUGUGUCCUUCUUCGUCCUCUCCAUCGUUCUCGGUUACACCUGGCUGGAAGCUGUCAUCUUCCUCAUUGGUAUCAUUGUGGCUAAUGUUCCCGAGGGACUGCUGGCCACAGUCACUGUGUGUCUGACACUCACCGCCAAGCGAAUGGCUCGUAAAAACUGCCUGGUGAAGAACUUGGAGGCUGUGGAAACUCUGGGCUCCACCUCCACCAUCUGCUCUGACAAGACGGGCACCCUGACGCAGAACAGGAUGACCGUGGCCCACAUGUGGUUCGACAACCAGAUCCAUGAGGCUGACACCACUGAAGACCAGUCUGGUACUUCCUUUGACAAGAGCUCGCCUACGUGGGUGUCGUUGGCCCGCAUUGCUGCGCUGUGCAACCGCGCCGUGUUCAAGGCCGGCCAGGACUCUCUGCCCAUCCUGAAGCGUGACGUAGCCGGUGACGCCUCGGAGUCAGCUCUGCUCAAGUGCAUUGAGCUGUCCUGCGGCGCAGUCAAGGCCAUGAGGGACAAGAACAAGAAGGUGGCCGAGAUCCCGUUCAACUCCACCAACAAGUAUCAGCUUUCAAUUCAUGAAGCUGAGGAAGAAGAUGACAAGCAGUACCUGCUGGUGAUGAAGGGGGCUCCGGAGAGGAUCUUGGACCGCUGCUCCACCAUCAUGGUGCAGGGCAAAGAGCAGCCCAUGGAUGAGGAAAUGAAGGAGGCUUUCCAGAACGCCUACCUGGAACUGGGAGGACUGGGAGAGAGGGUUCUGGGCUUCUGCCAUGUGUUCAUGCCGGAGGACAAAUAUCCGAAGGGUUUUGCCUUUGACACGGAUGACGUCAACUUCCAGACAGACAAUCUCUGUUUUGUUGGCCUCAUGUCGAUGAUUGAUCCUCCUCGUGCGGCUGUGCCUGACGCUGUGGGUAAAUGUCGCUCUGCUGGCAUCAAGGUCAUCAUGGUGACAGGUGACCAUCCAAUCACAGCCAAGGCUAUCGCCAAAGGUGUGGGUAUCAUCUCUGAGGGCAAUGAGACAGUGGAAGACAUUGCUGCUCGCCUGAACAUCCCCGUCAGCCAGGUCAACCCCAGGGAUGCCAAGGCUUGUGUGAUCCAUGGCACAGAUCUGAAAGACCUGGACCAGGACCAGAUGGAUGAUAUUCUGAGGAACCACACAGAGAUCGUCUUCGCAAGAACCUCCCCGCAGCAGAAGCUCAUCAUCGUAGAAGGCUGCCAGAGACAGGGCGCCAUCGUUGCUGUGACAGGUGACGGUGUGAACGACUCUCCUGCCCUGAAGAAGGCUGACAUCGGCGUUGCCAUGGGAAUCUCUGGCUCAGACGUAUCCAAGCAGGCUGCAGACAUGAUCCUCCUGGAUGACAACUUCGCCUCCAUCGUCACUGGAGUAGAAGAAGGGCGUCUGAUCUUUGACAACUUAAAGAAGUCCAUCGCUUACACUCUGACCAGCAACAUCCCAGAGAUCACACCCUUCCUGUUUUUCAUCUUGGUCAACAUCCCACUGCCGCUGGGAACCAUCACUAUCCUCUGCAUCGACCUGGGAACCGACAUGGUUCCCGCCAUCUCUCUGGCUUAUGAAGCAGCAGAAAGCGACAUCAUGAAGCGGCAGCCCAGGAACCCGCUGAGGGACAAGCUGGUCAACGAGAGACUCAUCAGCAUCGCUUACGGACAGAUCGGCAUGAUCCAAGCUCUGGGCGGCUUCUUCGCCUACUUCGUCAUCAUGGCUGAAAAUGGCUUCCUGCCGUCGCAGCUCGUUGGCAUCCGGCUGAACUGGGACGACCGUUCCAACAACGACCUGGAGGACAGCUACGGCCAGCAAUGGACCUACGAGCAACGCAAGAUCGUGGAGUUCACCUGCCACACGGCCUUCUUCGUCAGCAUCGUGGUGGUGCAGUGGGCCGACGUCAUCAUCUGCAAGACCAGACGUAACUCUGUAUUCCAGCAGGGCAUGAAGAAUAAGAUUUUGAUCUUUGGGCUGUUUGAGGAGACGGCUCUCGCUGCCUUCCUGUCUUACUGCCCCGGCAUGGACGUGGCCCUGCGGAUGUACCCGCUCAAGCCCAGCUGGUGGUUCUGUGCGUUCCCCUACAGUUUCCUCAUCUUUGUUUACGAUGAGAUCCGGAAACUCAUCCUCCGCCGAAACCCUGGAGGCUGGGUGGAAAAAGAGACGUACUAUUAAUUAUCAGAGCAUCAUUUUCUUCUUACCCCUUCCUUCCCUCUACUCAUCCCUCCCUCUCCCUCUCUCUUUCCCCCGUCCGUCCCUCCAUCUAUCUUUCCUCUGAUCUGAAGUGUUCAAGAAAACUGUUUACUCCUCCUUUCCAUCCCCCAUUCUCAUUUCUGAAGAAGCAUAAAAACAAACGAGGACCAACGACAGAGGAGGAGAGGACGAGGGAGGCCCCGGCUCUGAAGUCCUACCCGUCCUCCCCGUCCCCUCCAUCCCUCUGUCCUCUUUCUUUUCUAUUCAAGGCCUUUACAGCGCGACUCUGCCAGUAACACUGUUUGUGCCGAUGCUGAUUCCAGCUCCAUUCAGAUUCCAGCGUAAAACCGAAUAAAAACACGAUGAAAACGCUCCAUCGCGACAGACACUGCCCAGUUUCAGCUCAGCAAUCACUGCCAUGUCCUGCCACUCGUCCACUUUACCUGUCUCUCUUCUGUCCUUCCUCCUCCCUCCUCUUCCUCUGCCGUCAAUAAAGAAUCAGUUCCACCGUUAAAGUGAACCGCCCACCUCCUCCUCCCUCUCAACUUCUGUCCAUCCUCCCUCCCCGUGUUUUGUUCUGGGCUUUACUUGUUUUUAUUAGAGGAUAGUGUUUUUUAAAGUGUUAGUGUUUCCUCUUUUCUGUUGUUUUUGUUCAGAGCGGGUUUGAAAGCUGCUUGUUUUCAUUUGGACAUGACUAAGCACACGUCUCCUCACACCUCUUUCGUUCCGUGACACACCUUGAACCCCCGUCUUCCCCCCGCCUGCCUACUUGUCCGUCUGCUUGUGAACACUGUGCCAACCCUCCGUCUUUGUAAAACUCCACUUCCUGCCCCCACAAUCUCCCAACCUCCCUCACCCCCCUUGAGAAAAAAAAGUUUAAUCUUUCCGUGUCCGUGGAAAAAGAGAUUUCUCUCCCAAUUUCAUGAUUUAAAUCUGUGGAAAUAAAACAGAAGAAGGCUCUGUACCUUAACCUGCACAACAGCAGCAAAAAAGUGGAAAUGAAAUAAAACAGAAGGAUCUCUCUUUUUCAGCUUGGUCUCAACUUUAUUCUUGUGUCAAGUUGUGUCAGAAGAUGAAAAUAA